GCAACUGGCUGUGGCAAAUGAGACCAUUGCUAGCUUGAAGCAACAAAACGAGAUGUUGGCUCGUCAACAGCAGGAGCUUUACAGUCAGAUUGCGACGUUGCAAAGCAUCGUAGCGGAAGUCAAGGCUACAAGUAAAGGUAUCGGGAUUGGUGCGGGUUUUGCGCCCGCCAUUACACCCAUCGCUGGGCCGCCGGGCCCGCCACCGCCUCCUGAGCCUGAGAUCUUCGACAUAGGAGAUCCCGAGGAGGGUGAGGAAGAACAGGUUGAUGAUGAUCCCAUUGUUGAGCCGCGAGCUGUUGGUAACAAUGAUCGGGGUUUUGAUGGUGGUGCUGAUGCGCAGCCUCAUGAUGAAAAUGAGGAAGAGGACUAUGAAGCAGCUACUUACAAGUAUAAGGAUCUUCAAGACCUGAAGAUGCCACAGCUUCCAAAGGAUAAUGUGGGUUUCAGAUCGUGGCGCAACGCGCUGCUGACGCAGUACUCUGCUAUUGAUCGCACGGGUCAAGCCAGGAGGACGUUCGGAUGGCUCUGGGAGCAAUUCUCAGAUCACUUGGCAGAGCUGCGUGAAGACGCCAACGAACGUCAGGAUGCUAAUGCAAAGGCAAAGUCGAUUGCAACAGCAGUUCCCGCAAAGGACACCGCCGUUCCAGCAGCGCCCGGAAAGCCUCCCAAAGGGCGCUUGCUACACUUGCCACCUUUGUUUGUCCUGACUUUUCUGCGAUUGCACAUGAAGCUUGGUCGCAGCUUGACCCCUUUUGAGUCGUUGAGGGCUCAGGGUGUUUAUACCGAUGACCUCGUAUGUCACGAGGAUGAGCCAGUAUCCUUUGAAACGGGACUGUUCCGCAGCGGUACCCGGGAUCCGGAGGGCGAAGACAUCGAUCUGCUUGCGGAAAGUGACCUGUACAGGAUUCUCGGACUCCCGCGCAGCGCGAAAGCCGAUGACAUCAAGCGAGCCUACCGCAAGCGGUUUCACCCGGACAAGAAUCCGGACGACCCCGAUGCCAAGCUCAAGUUCCAGAAAGCCUUCACGGUGCUGUCAGACGAGAACAAGCGUGCAAAGUACGACAACUCUGGCGACAUGGACCUAGAGGGCUUCGACGUGGAGACCUUCAUGGAAAUGGUGAAUGCUGCAGGGCUGAAGUUCCAGAAGCAAGACCGCGGUUCGGACGAGCGUGAUGGCCGCGACGACUUCCCGGCGCCGGGGAAGGGAUUGGGUGGGCAUUUGUCGACAUAA